GGGACGUUGGUGCUCUUGAACGCCUCACUCUCUAGGUUGUAAACAAAGAUGGCGUAGUUUUAGGGUUCUGUUAACCCUGGGAUGUCUGAUUGUACCUGAGAAAACAGAGGAAACCUCAUCACAGCUGGCUGCAGCCAUCAGACUGAUUCAUCGCUGCGUUCACCGACUGCUUUUAACUCCCGACUGAGCUUCGCCCGUCGGAAGAUGAAGAUCGCUUUGCUGGGAGCCACCGGCCAGACUGGGCAGUAUCUGGUCAAGCAGGCGCUGGAGCAGGGCCACACGGUCACCGCCGUCGUCAGGAACCCAGCGAAGCUCACGGUGCACCAUAACAACCUCAAGGUGGUGACGGCUGAUAUUUUCUCAGCAGACAGUCUCAAGCCUCAUCUCAAAGACCAGGAUGUGGUCAUGUCCUGCCUCGGCUUUCCGGCUUCCUUCUUCUCCGGGGUGACGGGGUACACCUCGUCCAUGGCCGCCGUGGUCGGCGCUAUGAGGGAGGCCCGGGUCAACAGGGUCAUCACUAUGACCUCCUGGUACACAGAGCCUGACUCUGGAACCCAGUCUCCGUUCCUGAUCCGGUUCCUUCUGCUGCCGAUGAUCCGAAGCGUCCUCAGCAACAUGUACGAGAUGGAGCGCUUCCUGCAGAAAACCGAGGACAUCAACUGGACCGUCGUUCGGCCCCCCGGCCUCAAGAACCUGGCGGCCUCAGCUCAAGAGUUUCUGACACAUGAGGGAUACUUUGUGCCGGACAGCGGCGGCCAGACGGCGGUGGGAAGAGGAGACGUGGCUCGCUUCAUGCUUUCUCUGCUGAACAGCAAUGCCUGGGUCAAGAAGGGAGUCGCCAUCACCACCAAGUGAAGGGAAAGCGCCAUUAUUGGUUCAGUGGAAAUAUAUUCUUAUAAAGGAUAAAACAUCGUCAUCGCUGCCUCACGUCAUGUGCCUGAUGAAUGCCAUUAUUUACUCUGCUUUAACAUGUUUUUGUACCCUUAAAUAUCUUCCUCCACAUAUAUUUUGUAAAGUUAACCUGUCUGUUAUGAGUAACAACGUGAUUAAGUUACACUGCACCCACACGUUGGGGUGUAGUACAUACCUUCGGCCACAUGAGAGCGGUGUUGUGCUGUAACUAAUCAUUAAAAGUUAUCUUUAUUCCCUG